ACGUUAUUUUCCUAGCAACACUAACGCCCGGAUGCUGCUUAUGAAAAUGGAGGACUCGAAUAUACCAAGUGGUGUGAAGUAAAACAGGAAUACAGAAAUUCUGAGAGCAUCUGUGGAUAUUUUCUUAUCCUUUUGCCAAUGAGGAUUUGAGGAAAAGUUUACAAAACUAUUCGUUUGUUGAUUUGGAUUUGGAAUAUCGUAGAUUACGUCAAUUUUCGUUAUACAAAACGUAAACAUGGCGCUAGAAAGAGCUAAGUAUGUGGAAACCCCCAUUCAGAGCUGCAGCAAAACUAGGGGACUGCCUGGUCUACCACCACUGCCAGGUCAUGUGGAUGAACCAUCAGAUCUGUAUAAGAUUGUCUUGAGAAAUAGUGAACAUCCUCCCAUCAUGAAAGGAACAUCCUGGACCCUGGCUGCACCAUUUAAGGAGGAGAAGUUCCACAGGACACCCAGUGAAUCUAUAGCAAACAAUUACACUCCUACAGCUAGUGAUCUAAAGCUCAAGGAUUUACCCAAACUAACAAGAACAAGAACAAAAUUGAGUACAUUGAAAAGUCCCAGAAAUACAAAUGGUCUUCCUGGUAGAAGCAAAACAAUGGCCGACAAAGUUCAAAUGAAUGGCCACAAUGGUAUUGACAAAAAUGGCUAUUCCUUGAAUGGGCAUGAUGUUUUGCCUGAAAUUCAGGAGUUACCUCCCAGUCGACCCAUGACACCAAAUGAACAGAUGGACAUAAUGAUAGCCAUAGAAGAGGAAGUUAUACAAGCAACAGGAACGCCCUCUGAACGAGAUGAACAGAGAUAUUAUUAUUAUGUAGAAAAGGGGAUUAAGCGAUCAAUGCUAGCCCCACAACAUCCAGAUGUCAUGAAAAAUGUGAAAAAAUUAAUUCCCGAGAAACUCUGCACUAGUCUUGAUUUGAAGUGGUUGAAUGAUGACCUCUCUGAAGAGGUCAACAAUGACUACGAGUUCAGUCUCAGGAAAGCAAUAGUUGACUACAUAUUGAAAGAUCCCAAGGAAAAAGAGAGACUUCACAUUGAAUGGACCCCAUGGCCCUUCCCCCUGAGGAUAGUUCGGGCUCCUGUUCCUUGGCACGAAGACUAUAGAGAGCUGAAGGAUUACAACACAAAUCAUCUGUUUAUUACAAACCCCAUCAUGCUUGAGCUACAGAAUAUAUGGUUUGACCAAUUCAGUGACCUGAGAUUUGUAAACCUGAAAGAAUUGAUGGAAGCUGACCUGCCUCUGCUACCAACAGAAUUUGAGUCCCUUGUGAAGAAACAAUGCUGGGAUGCUCAUGAAGUGCUCAGGAAAAGUUGGAUUCCAACUUGUGCCAAAGUGUUCCUGGAGAAGAAUGAGUUGUGGCAAGACCUUGUCCCUCCUGGUGCUGAUGACUCAACUGAACUGGUGGAGGAAUUCUUUGCUUGUGUGGCAGCCCUUAUGUCCAUUCAGCUCCGUAGUAUGGUUAUCAACUCUCUUGCAGAUUUCCUUGCAUUUUUUGCAAUCCACAAGGAGGGUAAUGAAUUUGGAGAUGUGUUUGAUGAGCUACAGUAUGUGCAGACUCAGGUUAUGAUCAUCAAAUUGAGGGUAGAGGAACCCAAAAUUGUAUUUGACCCACCCUUUAGAGAGAUUAGGGACAUCAUCCUGAGAUGCUUCUCUGAGAUCAUUGCCAGUGGAGAGGGCCUCACAAGGGUGGAAUGUGAACUGUUCCCAGACAUGAGGUCUGCUACUCCAAAACUUCUUCUCCGUAGUGUCAAAAUAGAUGAGAGUCUGGUGACAGAUUAUGUAGACAAAGCGAUGGAAAUCUUCAAACACAACACAGUGGGACCUCAAAAGUACCUCAACACAUACAAGAAAUAUUCAGAUCUGCUGAACAACAAUGCAGACCAAGAUGUAUCUGCCUUCUUAAGGGAAACCCACUCCAUUGAAGCUUUCAAAAAGAAAAUCAACAGUUUCCAAGACUUGAAGGAUGAGAUUUCACUGUUGAGGAUCACUGUGCCCCUAAGCAUGUUCUGUCUGGACUGCCAGAACCUCAACCAGGACUUGUGUGCACGUUCCCAGAGACUCAAAGAGAGGCUCAUUAUAUAUGAGGUGGAUGAAAACAGAGAAUUGAACAGAGGCAUUUGUCGUCGCUAUGAUGAAAUGGCAGAAAAAGUCAGUGAUGUACCAGACACAACGGAGGAGAUAGUGGGGUUACAAGAAUACCUCAAAACAUCCUCUGAUGUUACGGUUUACAAACUGAAAGAUGAAAUUGAAGAUGCAGCCAGUCGUCUAAUGUUCCUCUUGGACUAUGCCAUCUUCCCAUCUGAAGAUAUAAAACUGAACAGUACUGUAUUCCACUGGCCGGACCACAUCAAAACAGUGUUUGAACUUUCCACUUCCCGUAUCGCUAACCGUCGCGAUCACAUUGAGGAGGAUCUAAGGAAGAGAACAUUGGCAUUUGAGGAGAAACUCAAUGAGUACAUGAAAGAAGUGGAAUCCUUCAAGAAGAAAGAGUUCUUGAGUGAGGAAGUUAUGAGAAAUAACACAGAACAACUGGCCACCAUCACUGAGAACCUUGAGCGAUCUCGAGAAGAGCUUGAACAAAUCAACAAAGAGGAACAGUUACUGGAAUGGGAGCUGAGUGUCUUCCCUAACCUGCAGACCAUGUUUACUCUCAAAGAACCAUAUGAGAGACUGUGGAACACAGCGUACCAAUUCCAGCAGAAACACGAGCAGUGGUUGAAUGGUCCAUUCCAGAACUUGAAUUCUGAGGAGAUUGAAAAUGAUGUAGGAGAUAUGUGGAGAACUAUGUACAAACUGACCAAGCAGUUCAAUGACCAGGCUGGACCUAGGCGUGUGGCCGACACAGUCAAAAACAAGGUGGACAAAUUCAAGCAGCACCUGCCCAUCCUUAACACAAUCUGUAAUCCUGGUAUCAGGGACAGGCAUUGGGAGAUGAUGAGUAACAUUGUUGGAACAGACAUCAAGCCACAGGGAGAGACUUCACUGAACAACAUGCUAGAGUUUGGUUUGGCUAAGCACCUGGCAAGAUUGGAAGAGAUUGGAGCAGCUGCCGCCAAGGAACACUCAUUGGAGAAGGCCAUGGAGAAGAUGAAGUUUGAAUGGAAAGACAUGAUGUUUGAGAUGAUUCCAUAUAGAGAAACUGGAGUAUCAAUCCUGACAGCUCCAGAUGACAUUCAAGUACUGUUGGAUGAUCAUAUUGUAAAGGCCCAGACAAUGAGAGGAUCACCAUUCAUCAAACCAUUUGAGCAAGAAAUGAAGGAAUGGGAGGAGAAACUAGUCUCCAUGCAGGACAUUUUGGAUGAAUGGCUCAAGUGCCAGGCCACAUGGUUGUACUUGGAGCCAAUCUUUAGCUCUGAGGACAUUUUGGCCCAGAUGCCAGAGGAAGGCCGUAAGUUUGGCAUUGUGGACAGUUACUGGCGUGACAUCAUGACAGAAGCUAUCAAAGACACUCACUGUUUGGUAGCCACAGAUCAGCCUAACAUGCUGAGCCGAUUCCGUGAUGCCAAUGUCCUGCUGGAGGAAAUUCAAAAGGGACUCAAUGCCUACUUGGAGAAGAAGCGUCUCUAUUUCCCAAGGUUUUUCUUCUUGUCCAAUGACGAACUGUUGGAAAUUUUGUCUGAGACUAAGGAUCCAAUGAGAGUACAGCCUCAUCUGAAGAAAUGUUUUGAGGGCAUCAGCCGACUGGAUUUCAAUGAUGCCCAAGAAAUUCUUGGCAUGGUGUCAGCUGAAAAUGAAAUUGUGCCUUUUAACACCAAAAUUAUACCAGCCAAAGCAAAGGGCAUGGUGGAGAAGUGGCUGCUGCAGGUGGAGGAUGUGAUGAUCAGCAGUCUUAGAAAGGUCAUAAUGGACUCCAACGCGGCAUAUUCCUCCACACCGCGAAACCGCUGGGUACUGGAGUGGCCUGGACAGGUUGUCAUUUGUGCUAGCUCCAUCUACUGGACUUCUGAGGUCACAGAAGCUAUGAAGGAGAAAGAUGGAUUGGAUAAAUACCUUCUAGUAUGUAAUGGUCAAAUUGACCAGAUUGUCCAGCUGGUGAGAGGAAAGUUAGAGUCGGGACACAGAGUGACUCUUGGAGCUCUGACUGUGAUAGACGUACAUGCACGUGACACCGUGAAGGAAAUGGCAGCGGCCAAAGUCUCCAACCCGAAUGAGUUCAUGUGGCUGGCUCAGUUACGUUACUACUGGGAGAAUGAUGUCAUUGUGCGCAUGAUUACCACAGACAUCAAGUAUGGUUACGAGUACCUGGGUAACUCAGGUCGUCUUGUCAUCACACCUCUCACUGACAGGUGUUACAGAACACUGAUGGGUGCCCUGAAGCUGAAUCUUGGCGGUGCUCCAGAAGGACCAGCAGGAACCGGGAAAACGGAAACUUGUAAAGACUUGGCCAAAGCUAUGGCUAAACAGUGUGUGGUAUUCAACUGCUCUGAUGGUCUGGAUUACAAAGCCAUGGGUAAAUUCUUCAAAGGUCUGGCCCAGGCUGGUGCAUGGGCUUGCUUUGAUGAGUUUAACAGAAUUGAGCUUGAAGUGCUGUCCGUUGUGGCCCAGCAGAUUGCCAGUAUCCAGCAGGCUGUGGCAGCACACCUGAAGCGUUUCAUGUUUGAGGGGACAGAACUCUCCCUUGAUCCAACAUGUACCAUGUUCAUUACCAUGAACCCAGGUUAUGCAGGACGACAGGAGCUGCCAGAUAAUCUCAAGGUGUUGUUCAGAACUGUUGCUAUGAUGGUCCCAGACUACGGGAUGAUUGGAGAAAUCUCCCUGUAUUCCAUGGGUUUCAUUGAUGCCAGAAGUUUGGCCAAUAAGAUUGUAGCUGUGUACAAACUGUGCUCUGAGCAGUUAUCCUCCCAGCAUCACUAUGACUACGGUAUGAGAGCUGUUAAAUCUGUGCUGACAGCUGCUGGAAAUCUCAAGCUGAAACAGCCAGAUGAAGAUGAAUCUGUCCUCCUCCUGAAAGCCAUCAUGGAUGUUAAUCUACCCAAGUUCUUGGCUCAGGAUGUUCCACUGUUUGAGGGUAUCAUCUCCGACUUGUUCCCAGGAGUGGUAUGCCCCAAACCAGAUUAUGGUUUAUUUAUGGAAGCCCUCAAAGAAAAUACCCGAAAAAGGAAAUUACAAUGUGUGCCAUGGUUCUUAGACAAAAUCAUUCAGGUGUAUGAAAUGAUCUUGGUGCGUCAUGGUCUCAUGAUUGUGGGAGAGCCCUUGGGUGGCAAAACUAAGGGUUACCAAGUCCUUGCUGAGGCCCUAGGGGAUCUACAGGCUGGGGGACUGUAUGAGGAGUUUAAAACUGUGUUCCGAAUCAUCAACCCAAAGUCCAUCACUAUGGGACAGCUGUAUGGAUGUUUUGAUCCAGUGUCACAUGAGUGGACAGAUGGAGUUUUGGCCAACACCUUUAGAGAAUAUGCUAGCAAUCCAAACACUGACAGGAAGUGGAUUUUGUUUGAUGGCCCCGUGGACGCCGUGUGGAUUGAAAAUAUGAACACAGUACUUGAUGACAACAAAAAGCUCUGUCUAAUGAGUGGAGAAAUCAUCCAGAUGAGCAACAAGAUGAACCUGAUCUUUGAACCAGCUGAUCUAGAGCAGGCCUCCCCUGCCACAGUCAGUCGCUGUGGUAUGAUUUAUCUAGAGCCCCAUCAGAUGGGAUGGAGGCCAUUCAAAGAGUCGUACAUGCAAUAUGAACUUCCCGAAAAACUGUCGCAGGAGAACCGUGACAUGAUCAAUGAUUUGUUUGAGUGGUUGAUUGAUCCAUGUUUGGACUUCAUUAGACAUAAUUGUAAAAUGUUUGUCAACACCUCAGAAAUGCAUCUUGUUCAGUCUUUAAUGAGAUUGUAUACAUGCCUCCAGGACGAGAUUCGAACAACUCUUGAGCAUACCCCAGCAGAGGGAGAUGAACCUAAUCCUAAUGCUCUAACCAAUCAACAGAUCACCCUAUGGAUGCAAGGAAUGUUUUUAUUCUCCUUAAUCUGGACUGUAGGAGGAACCAUGGACGGGGACUCCAGAAAAAAGUUUGAUACAUACUUCAGGAACAUUGUCAGUGGCACAGAUCCCAACCACCCUAAACCAAAGAGCUGUAAAAUCUCCAAGAGUAACAUGAUUCCAGAGAGAGCCACCAUAUUUGAUUUUUGCUUUGAGAAAAAAGCUAGUGGUAAUUGGUGUGACUGGAUGGAUACCAUUGAUAAAUCUACAUUGACCAUUCCCACUACAGCUAAGGUCAGUGACCUGAUUAUUCAGACAGCUGAGACUGCUCGCCAGAUCUACUUCCUGAGUACUUACCUAACACAUGAACAACCCAUGAUUUUUGUUGGUCCCACUGGUACAGGAAAGUCAGCAAUCACAAACAACUACCUGCUGACACUUCCCAAAGAUGUAUACAUCCCUAACUGCAUAAACUUCUCUGCCCGAACAUCAGCCAACCAGACACAAGGCAUUAUCAUGUCCAAGCUGGACAGGAGGAGAAAGGGGGUGUAUGGUCCUCCUAUGGGAAAGAAAUCUGUGGUGUUUGUGGAUGAUCUGAACAUGCCAGGCAAAGAGAAGUACGGAGCACAGCCACCCAUAGAGCUGUUGAGACAGUGGAUAGAUCACCACCACUGGUAUGAUCCAAAGGACACCACCAAACUCUUCCUCACUGAUGUUCUCUUUGUGUCGGCAAUGGGACCCCCUGGAGGAGGAAGAAAUGACAUCACAAGUCGCUUUACUCGUCACCUGAACAUGAUCUCAAUUGAUGAGUUCGAUGAUGCCACACUGACUCGAAUUUUCACCAACAUUACAGACUGGCAUUUUGGCAAGGGAUUUGAGGGCUCCUUUGUGAGGAAUGGAAAGCUUCUAGUGGCAGCCACCAUGGCAGUGUAUAAAGAUGCAGUGACAAACUUUUUACCAACUCCCUCCAAAAGUCACUAUGUGUUCAACUUAAGAGACUUUGCACGUGUAAUUCGUGGAGUUCUGUUAGUGCCCCAUGAGAAAAUGUCGGAGAUAGAUAAGUUACACAGACUUUGGGUACAUGAGGUCUACAGGGUUUUCUAUGAUCGUCUCAUUGAUAAACAGGACAGAGAAACCUUUUUCCACAUUGUGAAGGAGCAGUGUUCUAACCAUUUUAAGGCCAACAUAGAUAAGAUAUUGGGUCACCUGUCCAAAAGUGGGACAGUUGUUGAUGACAAUAUUCGUAGUUUGUUCUUUGGAGAUUACAUGCAGGUAGAAGGAGGCAAGGCUUAUGAUGAAGUGACUGACCUCAAAGAACUGACUGCUGCAAUGGAAAAUUACUUGGAUGAGUACAAUUUGAUCAGUAAGGCUCCCAUGAAACUUGUUAUGUUCAAGUUUGCCAUUGAACAUAUUUCUCGAGUCAGUCGUGUUCUACUGCAAGAUAAUGGACAUUGUUUGCUUGUUGGUAUUGGAGGCAGUGGAAGACAGAGUGCUGCCAAGUUGGCAACUUUUAUGUCAGAUUACGAUUUGUUCCAAAUUGAAAUCACUAAAAAUUACACAGCAAAUGAGUGGAGAGAGGACCUGAAAAGGCUGCUCAUGAAGGCUGGCAGUGAAGGGAAGCCUAUUGUUUUCCUGUUUGCCGACACACAGAUUAAGUCUGAAUCCUUUAUGGAGGACAUAAGUAUGGUUCUAAAUACUGGAGAUGUACCUAACUUGUUUGCUGCUGAUGAGAAAGCAGAGCUCAUAGAAAAAAUGCAGACUAUUGCUCGGAAUGAGGAAAAGAUAACGGGUAAGAAAAUGGAUGCCACACCUUUGGCCAUGUACAACUACUUCAUUGAUAGAGUGAAACAGAAUCUGCAUAUAGUUCUGGCCAUGUCUCCUAUUGGUGAUGCUUUCCGAAACAGAUUGCGUAUGUUCCCUUCUCUCAUCAACUGCUGUACUAUCGACUGGUUCCAGAGUUGGCCCUCUGAUGCUUUGGAGAUGGUAGCCAAUAAAUUCUUGGAAGAAGUUGAACUGGAAGACAAUAUCCGUAAGCAGAGUGUAUCCAUGUGUAAACAUUUCCAUGAAAGUGUUCAGGAGCUCUCCAUAGGGUUCUUUGAGAGGUUAAGAAGACAUAAUUAUGUAACUCCAACAUCAUAUUUGGAGCUUAUUAUGACAUUCAAGUCUCUGCUGGGUGUGAAACGAGAAGAGAUCCUGACCCUCAGGAACCGAUAUCUGACUGGUCUAGAGAAGCUAGAGUUCGCAGCGUCUCAGGUGUCAAUCAUGCAGGAGGAACUCCAAGCUCUGCAGCCUGAGCUGAUCAAAACCUCUGCUGAAACUGAGAAACUCAUGAUAAAGAUUGAACAGGAUACAGUGGAAGUGGAGGCCAAGAAGGAGGUGGUGGCGGCUGAUGAGGCAGUGGCAAACGAGGCUGCUGCAGCAGCCCAAGCUAUCAAGGAUGACUGCGAGAGUGACCUGGCUGAAGCCAUUCCAGCGCUAGAGGCUGCUAUUCAGGCCUUGAAUACACUGAAGCCUGCUGAUAUCACUCUGGUCAAAUCUAUGAAGAAUCCACCAGGGGCAGUUAAGCUUGUGAUGGAAUCGAUUUGUGUUAUGUUGGGCAUCAAGUCAGAGAGGAAACCUGAUGGAACAGGAAAAAUGAUAGAAGACUAUUGGGGACCAUCUCAAAAAUUGCUUGGUGAUUUGAAGUUUCUGGAUCGCCUCAAAGGUUAUGACAAAGACAACAUACCACCACCCAUUAUCAAAAAGAUCAGAGAUAGAUACAUUUCUAAUCCUGAUUUUGACCCAGUUCUGAUUAAGAAUGCCUCCACUGCUUGUGAAGGUUUGUGCAGAUGGGUCAAGGCCAUGGAUAUUUAUGACAAAGUGGCUAAAGUUGUGGCUCCAAAGAAAGCCAAGCUGGCAGAGGCUGAAUCAGAAUUAUCUGUUCAGAUGCAGAAACUUGAUGAGAAAAGGGCUCAACUAAAAGAGGUCACAGACAAGCUACAGGCUCUCAAUGAUGAGUUUGAAGUGAUGACACAAAAGAAGAAAGAACUGGAGACCAACAUUGAUAUUUGUGAGAAAAAAUUAGAUCGAGCCGAAAAGCUGAUUGGAGGAUUGGGUGGUGAAAAGGACAGAUGGACAGAGGCUGCCCGUCUCUUGGGAGAAAGGGUCACCAACAUCACUGGUGAUGUGUUGCUGUCAUCUGCUACUGUUGCCUACCUAGGAGCUUUCACCAUAGACUUCAGACAGGACAUUGUCAGAGAUUGGCACAAGAUUUGUGUCAGUAAGGAAAUUCCAUGCUCAGAAAACUUCACCCUCAAUGGAACACUUGGAGAACCUGUCAAAAUUCGAGCCUGGAAUAUUGCUGGUCUCCCUGUGGACGCUUUCAGUGUCGACAAUGGUAUCAUUGUCAAUAGCUCCAGGAGAUGGCCUCUAAUGAUUGAUCCUCAAGGUCAAGCCAACAAAUGGGUAAAGAAUAUGGAGCGCAGUAACAAGUUAGGCAUAGUUAAGCUGUCAGAUGCUAACUAUCUACGUACUAUGGAGAAUUCCAUUCAGUUUGGUACACCUGUCCUCCUGGAAAAUGUAGGGGAAGAGCUUGACCCAAUUCUGGAUCCCAUUCUUCAGAAGCUGAUUUUCAGACAGCAGGGUGUGGACUACAUCAGGCUGGGUGACAAUGUGAUUGAGUACUCUAAGGAUUUUAAACUGUACAUUACCACAAGCUAUCGGAACCCUCAUUACCUGCCAGAAAUCUCUGUCAAGGUGUGUAUGGUGAAUUUCAUGAUCACCCCACAAGGUUUGGAAGACCAGCUCCUAGGUAUAGUAGCUGCUAAAGAGAAACCAGAACUGGAGGAGAAGAAAAACAAAUUGAUUUUGGAAAGUGCUGAGAAUCAGAAGAAACUCAAAGAAAUUGAGGACAAAAUUCUAGAAGUCCUAUCCAGUUCUGAGGGUAACAUUCUAGAAGAUGAAACAGCCAUUAAAAUCCUGUCCUCUUCCAAAGUUCUCUCUGAGGAAAUCUCUGCCAAGCAGGAAAUUGCAGUACAGACUGAAAAGGAUAUUGAUGAGACAAGAAAUGGCUACAAACCAGUGGCCAUCCAUUCCUCUAUUCUCUUCUUCUGUAUAUCCGAUCUAGCUAACAUAGAGCCCAUGUACCAGUACUCCCUCACCUGGUUUAUCAACCUAUAUUUACAGUCCAUUCAAAACAGUGCUCCUUCUGAUGACUUGGAGGAAAGAAUCUUCAAUCUCAAUGAUGACUUUACUAACAGUAUCUACAGAAAUGUGUGUCGCUCACUGUUUGAAAAGGAUAAACUACUUUUCUCUUUUGUGUUGUGCAUUGGCAUUCUGAAAGGACAAGUGUUCAGCCCAGUGGGUUCACUGCUUCGUGUUGAUGAAGAUGUGUGGAGAUUCCUACUGACUGGUGGUGUGGCCUUAGAAAACCCCAACCCUAAUCCAGCUCCAGAGUGGCUGACUGAGAAAUCAUGGGGUGAAAUUGUAAGGGCCUCAAAUCUUCCCAACCUCAAAGGACUGUGGGAACAUGUAAGAGACAACACCAGCGAGUGGAAGAAGAUGUAUGAUUCUUUGACUCCUCAAGAGCACAAACUACCCUCCCCAUAUGAUGUCCUUCUUGGCCUGGAUAAAAUGGUGGUCCUCAGAGUGUUCCGACCAGACAAAGUGAUCCCUGCAGUCCAGGAUUUCAUUGUGGACAAUCUGGGACAGUCUUACAUUGAGCCCCCAACUUUUGACCUUCCGGGGUCAUUUGCCGAUUCUAAUUGUUGUGCUCCUCUGAUUUUUGUGCUGUCACCUGGUGCUGACCCCAUGGCUGCUCUGCUGAAGUUUGGUGAGGACCAGGGGCUAUCAAGAUCGGAAAACACCAUUCAGUCCAUCUCAUUGGGUCAAGGACAGGGUCCCAUUGCUGCAAAGAUGAUUGAAAAAGCCAUCAAAGACGGUACAUGGGUGGUAUUACAGAACUGUCAUUUGGCAACAAGUUGGAUGCCCAAGCUAGAGAAAAUCUGCGAGGAGGUCAUUCUUCCUGAGGCGACUCAUGAGCGAUUCCGAUUGUGGUUAACCAGUUACCCCAGCGACCAAUUCCCAGUUUCUAUUCUGCAAAAUGGUGUAAAGAUGACAAAUGAACCUCCCAAGGGACUAAGGGCAAACUUGCUGAGAUCCUACCUCAAUGACCCUAUUUCUGACCCAUCUUUCUUUGGAGGAUGUAAUAAGCCUCAGAAAUUCCACAAGAUGCUGUUUGGUCUUAGCUUUUUCCAUGCCCUGGUACAGGAGAGGAGGAAAUUUGGUCCCUUAGGAUGGAAUAUUCCUUAUGAAUUUAAUGAAUCUGAUCUCCGCAUCAGUCUGCGACAGAUGUUGAUGUUCCUGAAUGACUAUGAUGAACUUCCCCUGCCAGCUCUGACCUACCUGACAGGAGAGUGUAACUAUGGAGGCAGGGUGACAGAUGACAAGGAUCGCCGUCUGCUCCUUUCUAUUCUCUCCAUUUUCUACUCUGAGGAAAUCAUUACCAAUCCUGACUACAAAAUUUCUCCCAGUGGUUUGUACUAUGCCCCAGAAGAGGGUCCUCAUCAGACCUAUAUAGACUACAUCAGGACCCUUCCCAUCAAUCCCCUCCCUGAAGUUUUUGGUCUCCAUGAAAAUGCUGAUAUCACAAAGGACAACCAAGAAACUCUGCUGCUGUUUGACAACAUUCUGUUGACCCUCCCACGACAAGCCAAUAAGGGAGGUAAAUCUACAGCCGAGGUUAUUCAGGAUCUGGCUGCAGACAUCCUCGGAAAAUUACCGAAAAAUUUUGAUUUAGAACAUGUGAUAAAAAAAUACCCUGUUUUGUACAAUGAGUCUAUGAACACUGUACUAAGACAAGAACUUAUUCGAUUCAACCGUCUGACCUCGGUGGUCCGUAUGUCACUCAUAAACCUACAGAAGGCCAUUAAAGGUUUGGUUGUCAUGUCUGCAGAAUUAGAGGAGGUUUUCCAGAGCAUGCUGAUAGGAAAAGUCCCAUCUGUGUGGGCAGCUAAGUCCUAUCCAUCUCUAAAGCCACUAGGAAGCUACAUUACUGAUCUUUUAGCUAGACUGAAGUUCUUUGGGGAUUGGAUUGAAAGUGGUGCCCCACCCACCUUCUGGCUCUCAGGAUUCUAUUUCACCCAAUCCUUUUUGACAGGUGUCUCUCAGAACUAUGCCAGAAAAUAUACAAUUCCCAUUGACACAGUUGGAUUUGAAUUUGAAAUCCUAAAAGAGGAGAAACACCUGGAUAAUAAACCAGAGGAUGGUGCAUUUGUAUUUGGUCUAUACCUAGAGGGUGCCCGCUGGGACAAGGACACAAUGCUGGUGGGAGAAUCUCUCCCCAAAAUUCUCUUUGACCAAUUGCCUUGUAUCUGGCUAAAGCCAAACAGAGUUGAGGACUUUGCUCAAAGGACAACUUAUCGUUGUCCAGUGUACAAGACCAGUGCCAGACGAGGUGUUCUGUCCACCACGGGUCACUCCACAAACUUUGUGCUAUUCAUAGAACUGCCCACAGACAAAUCUCAGAAUCACUGGAUCAACAGGGGUGUGGCCAGUCUCUGUCAAUUGGAUGACUGAACAGAGAUCUUUGACUGUUGCUAUGGAAAUAGUCUUCUGUUUUUGAGUUUGUUUUAUAAAUAUUCAUGCACACAGAACUUGUCAAUUUUGUAUAGAUAUUUCAUGUCGUUGUUUGUGCCAAUCCAUUUUUUAUUUUUAGAAAUUGAUAAUACAUGUAAUAGCUAACUUUUUAGUAUAUUUAAGCAUUACAUUUCUUAAAGUAUUAAUUAUACAUAAUAUUUACUGCUGAUUCAUAGGGAAUAUUUACUGAUCCGUCCAUAUUUUCUUAUAUUAUGCUUUGCGUAAAUUCCCACAAUUUGUGUGCCUUGUUGAGAUCAAAUGAACUGUGAUUGAACUGUCCUUAGACAUCGUACAGGGCAUUUUUGUUGUAGGUUCCUUUAUUUUUUUAAUCAUGUAAUCCUGCAGCUGUUUUGUGCUGAAAUCUACUGUGAUAUUUAAGAAAUGUACUUGAAUAUUUAUCUGUUAAAACUGUUUUGAGAUAUAGAGAACAUUCCAUGCCUGCAUCAAACAUUAAUCUUCCCAAGAUUUUGUUUGCAUCACUGAAUUUAUAUUUUUUUAAAAAUGAAUUCUUUUCUGUAUUUCUUCAUGAAUUCAACACAAAGACCCUUCAACUUGAAUUGAUCCCCCCUCCCCCAAUUUUUUUUUUAAAUCUUGAAUCACAGAUGCUUGCAAGUGAUAUAAUUUUUUAAAGUACAAGAAAAAUUUGCAUGACAGAGAUGAAAUUCCCUAAUUUUUUUUUCUACUCCAUUCUGAACUUUGACUCCUACCUCUAUGAAUUCAGAUGUUUACAAUCAUAAUGCUUCUACAAACUCAUGUUGUUUGAUAAUGUUGGCUGUGAAUAAAUAAAUAAGAAGAAAAAGAAA